GCGUCAGAGCCGGGCGCCCCAGGCCGCGCAUGAGCAGGAGCAGAGCCAACGUGUCAGCAGCGCCCAAGCGGCCCCAGCGCGCUAGCGUCGCCCCGCUGUCCUCACCUAGUCGCCAAUGGGCUCAGGAUCCGCCCCUGACGACGCGGGCCCCGCCCCUGGAGACACGCGCCGCGCAGUCGUCACCCGCCCGGGAGCAGGAGGCUGGGGACGCCCGCCGGUCGGGCCUGGGCGGCCGCCAUGAAGCUCACGCGGAAGAUGGUCCUGACCCGGGCCAAGGCCUCGGAGCUGCACAGUGUGCGCAAGCUCAACUGCUGGGGCAGCCGCCUCACAGAUAUCUCCAUUUGCCGGGAGAUGCCCAGCCUGGAGGUGAUCACACUCAGCGUCAACAGCAUCUCCACGCUGGAGCCCGUGAGCCGGUGCCAGCGCCUGAGCGAGCUGUACCUGCGGAGGAACCGCAUCCCCAGCCUGGCCGAGCUCUUCCACCUGAAGGGGCUGCCGCGUCUGCGGGUGCUGUGGCUGGCCGAGAACCCGUGCUGCGGCGCCAGCCCCCACCGCUACCGCAUGACCGUGCUGCGCACCCUGCCGCGCCUACAGAAGCUGGACAACCAGGCUGUGACGGAGGAAGAGCUGUCCCGUGCACUGAGUGAGGGAGAGGAGAUCACCGCCGCCCCGGAGAGAGAGGGCACAGGCCACGGCAGCCCCAAGCCAUGCUGCACACUGAGGUCCCUCAGCUCUGCUGCUGAGACUGGCCAGGACCCGCUGGACAGCGAGGAGGAGGCAAUCAGCGCCCGGGGUGAACUUGGCCUGAAGCCCCCUUCCCAGGACCAGUUUCCUUCCUUCUCACCCAGGGAUGCUUUGAGCAGCCACAAGAGCAGGAAUGUCCUGAGUGCCAUCCUGCUGCUGCUGCGGGAGCUGGACGCAGAGGGGCUGGAGGCCGUGCAGCAGACUGUGGGCAGCCGGCUGCAGGCCCUGCGUGGGGAGGAGGUGCAGGAGCACGCCGAGUGACCGCAGGACCUGAGCGCCACUCCACCCUCCACGGGGACCCCAGCGUCUUCCCCAGCCCCCGGGAGCUGGAGGGUGGCUGCCACGGCCGCAGCCCUGGCCCCACACAAAAGCCUCCCUGGUUCGCCACAUCGGCCGAGGGCAGGAGUGGGUGUUAGGUACCAGCUAACCAGGGCGGUAGAGAUGCUGUCCGCACCAGUCCUGUCCCCAGGACUCCCCUUCUGUGGUUUGGUGGUUCUGGGCUGGCCUGGGCUCUUAAAGGGAGGAUUUUGCAGGCUGUCCUCCCUAAUAAAAGAUUUUCCCAAGGUUGA